AUCGUUUGAUAGAAGGUCAGCUGAUCAUUCACUAGCGUGUGUGGAAAGGGGCCAGUAGUCCGAGUAUCACAAGAGAGCUUCAACGCGCUGUAACACCGAGUGACACACCGCCCCAAAGAUGGCCGAUAACAACCAAAGCCCUCUUAGACCAGGGCCUGUGCAAUUUUUAAUGAGCAACAAGCUGGAAACUGCAAUGUGGCUGUCACGCCUCUUCACAGUCUACUGCUCCGUCAUGUUUAUUCUUCCAAUCUUGGGACCUUACGCAGCGGCCAACUUCUACCAGCGGGCGCUCUUGGCUAACGCGCUCACCAGCGCCCUCCGCUUGCACCAGAGACUCCCCAGGUUCCAGCUGAGCCGAGCAUUUCUGGCCCAGGCCCUGCAGGAGGACAGCUGCCAUUACCUGCUCUACUCCCUCAUCCUGGUCAACUCCUACCCCAUCACCAUGAGCAUCUUCCCAGUCUUCCUCUUCUCCUUGCUUCAUGCAACCACCUACACCAAAAAGGUUCUGGAUUCGGUGGGCCCCAGCAGCCUGAUGUUUGUCAGGAACCUUCUGGACAAACUGUCUGCUAAUCAGCAGAACAUCCUCAAGUUCAUUGCCUGUAACGAGAUCUUCUUGAUGCCCGCCACAGUCUUCAUGCUCUUCAGUGGACAGGGAAGCCUGCUGCUGCCUUUCAUUUACUAUCGCUUCCUCAGUCUGCGCUACACAUCCAGAAGAAACCCGUACUGCCGCACUCUGUUUACGGAGCUACGAAUCCUGCUGGAGCACUUCAUCAUGAAACCGGCAUGCCCCGCCAUCUUUAGGAGGAUGUGCCUCAGCAGCAUCGCCUUCAUCAGCCGCCUCGCCCCCACCGGCGUCUGAAACCUGCUGGUGAAACUUUCACUCUCUUUCUUCCGUGUGUGUGUGUGGCCGCCAGCGAGGGUGCGGCUUACAUUGUGAUGAGGACAGACAAUACGACCAAGGAGGACCCCUUUUUUUUUUUUUUUUUUUUUUUUGUCAAUCUGCUCCAGUUAAAGACCAGCCAGUAAUGCACUGAAGUCUUGUGAUGUUUUCUCCCUCCUCCCAUUUUAAUGUGACCUCAUCAAAGCGGUGCACUGGCCGCUCUCCUCCUACGCUCCGUGAACGGCGUGCGGUGGACAUCUUAACUUCCUCCCAUGACCUUAUUUAUUCUCUGCUUUGUCUAUCAUGACACAUUAACCUUAAGAGAUUAGUAACUUAAUUUGCAAAUAAUCUUAUAUAUAAAUUAAAAUGUGCUUGUAGGAAUGAGGGGUAUGAUUGAUUGUGUGCAGUUUAUACAGUAUAUAGUCUACUUUUUUUACUAUUUGCUUUCUUAACUAAAUGCCUAACUUCACUCCUUUUUGCCUGAGGAUGUAGAAAAAUGUUUGACUUGAAAGGAAAUGAUCUGCUGAGUAGUACAUUGAAGCUGAACUGCAUGAUGCAUCUCAUUCAGUAAGUGGAAGCGCCAUUCUUACCUUUCUUCCGCAGUCUACAAAACUUUAUUGUAUUUGUCAUUCAUUGUAUUAGUUUUGCUUGGACUGUGCCCUAAUUUCUCUCUUCCAUGUUGUCUUGAUUUGCAUACAGAUGAACCACGUUUUUAUCACAAGAUGAGCUCUUAAGAUUACAAAAUAAAAUAUAAGAUUACUUGA